CGAACUACGCGUUCGUUACUGCUACGUGUCGCCGAGGUGCCGACGCCCAGCCAAUAAGAACUGCGAGCUAACCAAACGGCCACCGCCGACCGCCGCCGCGUCCGUGCCUUGCCGCCUUAUUCCGCCUCCGUCCGUCCGUUGCCCGCGUGACGGCAUGGGCUGCUCGUCCUCACGUCCAGCCACUAAUGCUGGAGGGGUGAGCAAUAUCAACAAUGGAAAUUCAGAUACUGAUUCAAAGAACUUCCAAGUAAAGUUGGUAUUACUUGGAGACUCUGGUGUUGGUAAGAGCUGCAUCGUUCUUCGCUUUGUACGUGGCCAGUUUGACCCUACUUCCAAGGUAACUGUUGGUGCAUCAUUUUUGUCACAAACAUUGGCAUUAGAGGACUCCACAACAGUGAAGUUUGAAAUAUGGGACACUGCUGGCCAGGAGAGGUAUGCUGCCUUGGCACCUCUUUACUACCGAGGAGCUGGUGCUGCAAUUGUUGUCUAUGAUAUAACCAGCCCAGAGUCAUUUAACAAAGCACAAUACUGGGUGAAGGAACUUCAGAAACAUGGCGGUCCUGAUAUGACUAUGGCUUUGGUUGGAAACAAGGCUGAUCUGCAUGAAAAUCGUACUGUAUCUUCUCAGGAAGCACAAGAGUAUGCAGAAAGUAACAGUAUGUUCUUCAUAGAAACGUCAGCAAAAACGGCCGAUAACAUAAACCAACUAUUUGAGGAAAUCGCGAAGAGGUUGCCCAGGCCAACAUCAUCUUGAUCGGCGCAGGUUGCAUUUAAACAGCCUCAUUAAUGAGUAUGUGUAAUCUACACUAGCAUGGUGUCAGGUCAAGCCUUCUGUAUGCGAGUUGUUUGCAUAUGUAACUUCCAUGUAAAACUUGCAUGUUGUCCCAAUUGUGUCGAAUUCUGGAAAUAUAUAUAUUUCCAGUUUGGUCAAGUUAAACUGGCCGCAGCAUGUGCUCUGCACAAGCCAUUACACAUGGAAGUCAUAUGUAGGCGGCAAGCUGCUACUGCUGCAUUUCUAAUGCGAAAUAUGUACCCCAUUUCUAAUGUGAAAUCAAUUAUAUUGCAGAAUUGUCAGGACUA